AUGUCGAUUAACGAGCUUCCAUUCAAAAUACCACAAAUAACAAGCGACGAAUUACUACAAUUCCAACAGAGGCAUUUUUCAAGCGAAGCCACCGCUGAUUUCGAAUGGGAGGAAGAAGAGGAGGACGACGGUCUUGGCUACUACGAAGAUGGUGUGAAAAGAACCCUUACAGAUGAGCAGAUUGCCAUAUUCCGACACUCGGAACUUAGAGAGCUCCGCAAGCAACAAGAAAAGCAAUCGCAAUCUAAAUCAGAGCUGCCACGAGAUGCUUCCGCAAAUGAAACAGACAUCGCCUCUCCGCAUGGAUCAGGUGCCCCUGCCGGUUCUCGGAACAAGAAGAGGAAGAAGAAAUCCAAGGGGGGGAAGCAAGAACCCAAGCCAGACUUACGGAAGCGUACCUGGGACGUGGUCGAAGCUGGACUCGACACCCUCGAUUACGAUUGA